CGAUCAAAUGGUUAUCCUACAGUUAUUGCUGACAACGGCCAUUUUCGCGUUCGGUUCGAGCGAAGAACUGUUUCCGCUGUCAAUAAUCCACAUUAACGAUUUUCACGCACGCUUCGAGGAGACCAACUAUGGUGGAAGUAGUUGCUUCCCGGAGGCUGGGGACAUUUGCAUUGGCGGUUACGCAAGAACGGUAACGGCGGUGAAGGAACUGCUUAAAACUCGGGUGAACCCGAUAUUUCUGAAUGCGGGAGACAACUUCCAAGGUACACUGUGGUACAAUCUUUAUCGAUGGAGUCUAACGGCCACUUUCCUGAAUAUGCUUCCGGCGGAAGCAAUGACCAUUGGUAAUCAUGAGUUUGAUAAUGGAAUCCCGGGUGUGGUUCCGUUCCUAGAUGCUAUAGUUUCCCCCAUAUUGUUGUGUAAUGUGGAUAACAAUGAAGAACCCAGUUUUCAUCAAUACAACAACUCAAUGGUUAUCGAGCGUGCCGGCAGGAAGAUUGGAAUCAUAGGGGUUAUUUUGAGGAGUACUUCAUCGAUAUCGAACUCCGGAAGGCUACGAUUCCUCGAUGAGCCUUCUAGUGUCAAAGAGGAGGCCCAGAAGCUGAAGGAUGCAGGAGUAAAUAUUAUCAUUGUAUUAUCUCAUUGUGGAGUGGAUGUGGAUAAGAAAAUUGCAGCUAAUGGUGGCGAAAACAUUGAUAUAAUUGUUGGUGGUCAUUCGCAUUCGUUCCUCUACAGUGGAAAUAAUUCAGGGAUACCAGGGACAGUGCACGGAGCGUACCCAAUCAUAGUGAAUCAAACUGGAGGACAUCGAGUGCUGAUUGUUCAAGCGUCUGCUUAUACGAAGCUUGUAGGCGACAUUGUUGUUUAUAUUGAUGAUCAAGGUAUUAUCCAAAGAUGGGAAGGUAACCCAUAUUACCUCGGCCCUGAGGUAGAGAAGGACAAAGAAGUUGACGAUGCUCUUGCUCCAUGGAAGACUGCUGUAGAUGAAUUAGGGAAUCGGGUUAUUGGAAUAACUUUAACCGAUCUGCCCCAUACUGGAUGUAAUUACCGCGAAUGUGCGUUGGGUAAUAUGAUAGCGGAUUCAUAUGUUGAUUCGUGUACGUACUUUGCGGAACCGGGACAUUGGACGUAUGCUGCGAUUGGUCUUACGAAUACUGGAGGAAUUCGGAUGAGUUUAUUCAAAGGAGGUCUUUCCUACAAAACUCUCAUAGAAGUGAUUCCAUUUGAAAACACUAUAAAUGUGGUUGAAUUGCGUGGUAGUCACUUACUCCUCAUACUGGAACAUGGCGCAGCCAAUUCCAACAUUCAAAUAUCUGGUUUACGGGUAAUGUACAAUAUGACACAACCACGUGGAAUGCGAGUUCAGUCACUCGAUGUGCUAUGCUACGAUUGCUCUGUCCCGCGUUAUGAACCUCUGGAUCCGUUCAAAAUUUACCGGGUAGCAGCUAUUUCACACAUGACAAACGGCGGUGGAGGGCUUACUAUGUUUGCUGAAUAUGGUCAACUCAAACUAAUUGGCGAGGUCGAUAUUAAUGCUCUCGAAAGAUACGUUAGAAAGCGAAGUCCAUUGAUGUAUGGACUGGAGGGACGAGUGACUGUAGUUAACUGAUAUUGUUUGAAAUAUGGCCUUGACAAGAUGAAUGGUAUGGAAUUUAUCAGUUUUUAGCAACCAAUUGUUUCAUUCAAGUACUUCGAAUGCGAUAUAAAACAAGUAGCAAACAAGCAACAAAUAAAUAUUUUCACAUCUGAUGUCAUGAGAUAAAGAUACGGUACUGAUUAGAUUUGAUUCAACAAAGAAAGGUACACAAAAUCUAGUUAACUGUUUUGUAUAUAGUUCCAUAUUUAAACAAGAAUUUGAAUAAAUCAAUAUAAUUUUUGAAUAAUUAAUAUUGAGGCUACAAUAAAUACAAUAAACAAUACACGUAGUCCUACGUCAAAAGUUUCGGAUAUGAAUCAACUUUUCCGAAUAUGCAUUUCAUGUAACAAAGUAGCACAUUUCUACAUAUGUGGAACAAUGCUCUGCAAAUAUUAUGAUUUUACCAGGGCUAUGGAGUCGAAAUCGGAGUCGAGAAUUCAGAGUCGAGGAGUCGGAGUCGAAGUCGGAAUAAAUUUCAUUGUAUUAAGAGUCGGAGCUAGAGUCGGAAAAAUUUUAUCAACUCCGAUGUCGACUCCGAUUAAACAAAAUUUCAUUCCAUGAUAAGAAAACUUUGAUGGUAAUUUAGUUUUUUACUAUCACUGUUACUAUAAUAAUACUUUGCAGAAACACCGUAGAACACCAAAAUUAUCCACUUCAACGAUAUGCCUAAAACGGGGUCGUCAGACUCUCUUACAUUUGGUGACUGCAAGAACAGAUAAUGUUAUAAUUCAGCUUACAGACAUUGUCAGGCAAAAGGGACGAAUCGAAAUUUUCCAUCGAUAUUUAUACAAGACAAACGUGUCAUUGUAUCUGUGAAAGCAUAGUAGGAGCAUAACAGGAGUGAAUCGUGAAAAAAAUAUAACCAUCUUC